CGCCGCCAUAUUGUCUGUGUGAGGAGAGGGGAGAGCGGCCGCCGCCGCUGCCGCUUCCACCACAGUUGAAGAAACCCAGUCUGAAACAAGGUCUUCCCCUAGCUGCCUCUGAACUCAGUGACUGCCAGAUCUCCAAACAUCAAGUCCCGCUUUGUUCACCAACCUGUCUGACAUGUCGGGACCCGUGCCAAGCAGAGCCAGAGUUUACACAGAUGUUAAUACGCACAGACCCCGGGAAUACUGGGAUUAUGAGUCACAUGUGGUGGAAUGGGGAAACCAAGAUGAUUACCAGUUGGUUCGAAAAUUAGGCCGGGGUAAAUACAGUGAAGUAUUUGAAGCCAUCAACAUCACAAAUAAUGAAAAAGUUGUUGUUAAAAUUCUUAAGCCAGUAAAGAAGAAGAAAAUCAAGCGUGAAAUAAAGAUUUUGGAGAAUUUGCGAGGCGGCCCCAACAUCAUCACACUGGCAGACAUUGUAAAAGACCCUGUGUCACGAACCCCUGCCUUGGUUUUUGAACAUGUAAACAACACAGACUUCAAGCAAUUGUACCAGACGUUAACAGAUUAUGAUAUUCGAUUUUACAUGUAUGAAAUUCUGAAGGCCUUGGAUUACUGUCACAGCAUGGGAAUUAUGCACAGAGAUGUGAAGCCCCAUAAUGUCAUGAUUGACCAUGAACACAGAAAGCUACGACUAAUAGACUGGGGUUUGGCUGAGUUUUACCAUCCUGGCCAAGAAUAUAACGUUCGAGUUGCUUCCCGAUAUUUCAAAGGUCCUGAGCUGCUUGUAGACUAUCAGAUGUAUGAUUAUAGUUUGGAUAUGUGGAGUUUGGGUUGUAUGCUGGCAAGUAUGAUCUUCCGGAAGGAGCCAUUUUUCCAUGGACAUGAUAAUUAUGAUCAGUUGGUGAGGAUAGCCAAAGUUCUGGGGACAGAAGAUUUAUAUGACUAUAUUGACAAAUACAACAUUGAAUUAGACCCACGUUUCAAUGAUAUCUUGGGCAGACAUUCACGUAAGCGAUGGGAACGCUUUGUCCACAGUGAAAACCAGCACCUUGUCAGCCCUGAGGCCUUGGAUUUCCUGGAUAAGCUACUGCGAUAUGACCACCAAUCUCGGCUCACUGCCAGAGAGGCCAUGGAGCACCCCUAUUUCUACACAGUUGUCAAGGACCAGACUCGGAUGGCCGCAUCUAGCAUGGCGGGGGGCAGUACGCCUGUCAGUAGCGCCAAUAUGAUGUCAGGGAUUUCUUCAGUGCCAACCCCUUCACCCCUUGGACCUUUGGCAGGAUCACCAGUGAUUGCUGCUGCCAACCCCCUUGGGAUGCCUGUUCCAGCUGCCGCUGGCGCUCAGCAGUAAUGGCCCCUUCUAUCUCCUGAUUCCUGAGCAGAGGUGGGGGAGUCCGCCCCUCCCCUUGAUGCAGCUUGCGCCUGGCAGGGAGGGGUGAAACACUUCAGAAGCACCGUGUCGCUUGUGGAUUUA